CAGAAGUGUGUGUGUGUGGGUGUGUAUGCAUGUGUGUGUGUGCAGGUGUGGGUGCCAGCCGUGGAGCUCAGACGACAGUCAGCAGCAGGACAGAACGCCAGGCGACGAGCAGAUCAGAACUCUAUGUGGGGGGUCCUGACUGCCAACCAUGGAGCUAAUACACUGAGGGGGGGACCCCCUCGAAUAAAAUAUCAAAACUAAAGAAUAACUAAAAGAUAAAUAAGAAAAAAAAAACACUAAACAAUGGUUGCAGAGGAGGUCAUUAUUACACUGUCUGGUGGAGUGCCAUGGGGGUUUCGUCUCCAGGGAGGUGUGGAACAUCAGAAACCACUCCAAGUUGCCAAGGUUCGUAAACGUAGCAAAGCGUGCAGGGCUGGGCUGCGGGAGGGCGAUGAGCUGGUGUCUAUCAAUGAACAACCAUGUGGAUCGCUUUCUCAUGCCCAGGCCAUGAACCUCAUUGACAGCUCCCCCGGAAUAUUAAACAUUCGUGUCAAAAGGGCGCCUGCUGCUUUUCAGUCUGUAGUGCUUGUGGCCCGCGCACCAUCUCCCCGGAUAGACAAAGAGUACCGCGCUGCUCUCAAAGCCAUGUCACCCACACAACCCCAUCAUGUGCCUGUCCGCGAGGUCCACCGCAGCCGCUCUUCUCUGACCAGUGGCCUGACAUCCCCACCUGGUAGCGAGGCCUACUAUGGCGAGACUGACAGCGACGCAGACGUGGCAGGUUAUGAGAGGCAGCGACGCCAAAAGCGCAGAAGCCCCAGCAACUCCAACUCUGGGAAACCAAGUGAACGAACGUCCCCAGAGGGCGGGGAGACCUCGGAGAUGAGUGGCUACGACAGUGCUCCAGACGCACAGGUGUUCCCACGUUCAAUGAAUGGACGGGGAGGAAAUGGAAAGGAAGGUGGGCUGCCAGGGGUGGCAAGAAAGGAAGUGAUUUUCAAACCUCCCGGUCCAGGAAUGUGGUCCUCUCAGACAUCCACUGAAACCUCCUCCAUCAUUUCCUCAGCAGAUGACCAGGGCCCACGAGAUGGAACACAAGAGGAAGACAGUGGUUUUCUGGAGCCCACUAAUGUGCCUCUGGUGUCACCUGAGAGGGCCAAGGAGGCUCUAAUGUUGGGUUCCCGCAGCCAGCUAGUGCCCAUGGUGGGUCCGGUAAAUAAACCAAUUGACGAGGAGCUUACAACAACCUACAUGGAGAAGGCCAAACAAGCCAAACUGAACCGAGGGGAUACACUACAGGACAAGCAAGUGAAGGAAGCCAAAAGCAAGUGUCGAACAAUUGCGUCUCUACUGACAGAUGCUCCUAACCCUCACUCUAAAGGGGUGUUGAUGUUUAAGAAGAGAAGACAGCGUUCCAAAAAGUACACCCUCACCAGCUUUGGCAGUGUUGAUGAGGACAGGUGUCAGGACUCACAAGAAGAGGAUGGAUUAAUUCCUGGGAGUGAAUCUGAGUUUGAUGAUGAGGGCUUCUCGGCAGUUCCGGACCCAACUUGGGAUAGCGACUACCUGGAUAAGCUGGAGAAGAGGGCAACAGCAGGUGUGGAAGGUCGUGGAGUUGGAGCAGAAGAUGCUCCAAGCCCUGGUUUGAGUGACACUGCGGGAAAAGGUGCUCAGUUGUUUGAGCAGCAGAGGAAAAGGGUGGAUGAGCUUGCCAAGAAGGUAGAUGCUGCGCAACCUCAGGCAUCUACUGAAUCUCAAGUACAGGAGCUUUCUCAGGCCUAUUCAUUGCAUCAUCAAAUGCACACACAAGUACAACCAAACCAAAAGUUUCAGGAGUCACCCUCCAGCCUUACACCCACUAAACCUCAUCCUCAAGUUGAUGCAGCCCAUGCAAUGGCGUAUGGGGACCACUCUACAAUUAGCACAGCUAGCAUAGUGAUGUCUCCCCCCGUGGCUCCCAAAUCAUCCACAGCUGCAGUGAAUAUUCUGAGCAGUCCUGCCCCACCUGCUGAAACACCACUACCUGAAUUACCUGCAAGUAAUGUUCUAAACAGAACAGCACGUCCUUUCACACCCGGCUUCAUUAGCAUUCGUGCGGCAACUGCCCCAGUAACUUUCCGACCAUCUGUCACAAACAAGAGCCAGCGUCCUUCCUCAGCAGCUGUUGCACCACCACCCUUUUCCAGUCCUUCUGAAAUAGCUAUUAAUCCAGCACCUGCAAUUUCACACCUACAUUUUGGUCCUCCAUCAGUGCUCUCCCCAUCAUAUUCCAUCCCUCAUGGUUCCCAGGCCCUGCCACCAGAAGUUCCUGCUACUGUUCACCAUCCAGCACUUUAUUCUGUAGACACAAUGCAGUCAUCACUGGCAAUAAGUGGUUUUCAUCAAGCUCCAUUUUCAACUAUGGCUCCAAUGCUGAUGCCUUCAGCACCAAGACUUCCACAAGUACAAAUGGCACCAGUCCCCAUUUCUCCUUCAGCCCAUGUUCCUGGCUCAGCUGAUCCAGUGGCCUCAGCAGCACCACCACAAAUGCCAGCUUCUCAGCCAGCACGCCCACACUUUCCUGUGCCACCUGUAGCUCAAGUGUCAGUGGUCUCUCAGCCUGAAGCUGUAGCUCCAACUCCAGUUCCAGGCCCAACAGGCCGCACUGGAAUCUUGAAUGAAGCUCGGCGGCGAAGUAACAAACCCAAACCCAUGUUCAACAUACCAGAGGUAAAGAAGAACUCCCCUAAUCCUGAGCUUUUGUCAUUGGUGCAGAACCUGGAUGAAAGGUCCGUAAGGCAUAAAUAUGGUCAGCCACCCACUGAAGUUAUCUAUGAUGAUACAGAGGAGGAGAGGGGUGGUGAAGUUGGUAUAGGAAGGGUGCCUCCCCCAGUUGCACCGAAACCUCGGGUCAUUCACGAGGCCCCGCAAAUUCUUCACGCAGGGGGUAAGGGAGCCGAAUUGUUUGCCAAAAGGCAGAGCCGCAUGGGAAAGUAUGUAGUGGACACCCCACCUGAGACGCCUUACCAGCAGAAUGUGUUCUUGCAAAAUACAGCUCAACCACAUGACUCCUCUGUUGGUACUUCAAUCUCCUCCCAGUGGAAAUACUCCCCAAAUGUCCGUGCACCUCCACCUAUUGGCUACAACCCCCUCCUGGCUCCCUCUAUCCCCUCAGGGCCUCAGAGAGAUAAAAGGCCAGAGAACAGGGGAAGAGGAGGCUUCCAAAAAGAAGGCAUCAAAGCUGUGGAUUUCAUGAAGAGGCAGCCAUAUCAGCUCAACUCAGCGAUGUUUCAGUACGGAGGCAGUGCCGCUAAUUUAUCAGCCAUGCCUUCUUACCAUGCCCAACAAAAUAAGUACUCAACAACAAUGGUAGGUAGUUCCUUAACCACACCAAGGCAAAUUCCCCUUAAAACAGCCCGUGUCUAUGAAAUCAAGCGAUUCUCCACACCCACACCAAUGUCAGGUCCAUCUCUAACACCCAAAGUCAUUGUGCCUCGCUCAGCAACGACCCUCGGAGAACGUUUGACUGAUUCCGGCAUGACCUCACCACCUCCUGCUCCUUUCAAUCCAUCUCCAGUCACUCCAGCACCAGUCACUGCUUCAGUAUCCUUCCAAGCAGCAGGGCUACCAAGCCUCCCCAAAUUCUCUGCCACUCCUAUUCCACACCCUGUACCUCCAUCAGUUCCCACACCUUACACUCCAGUGUCAUACACCACUGGGCUCCAGACAGCCAAGCAGUUUCAGAGCGCUCCUGAGCUCAGCAUUCUUGCCUCUUUGCCCCCACUGAAGAGCAACCCAGUUCAGACACCUAAACCACAUUUCGUUGCCACCAAAGGAGGUGUCCAACCCCACGUCUGGAGGCCAGGAGCAUUCUAAACAACAACAAACUACUGCUGCUGAUGGAAAACAAGUCAACAUCAGCUGUUAUAAAUUGGUAUACAUGGUUUAAAGCAAUAGCUCAGAUCAUUUGAAGUGCUACCAAAGGCUUAUCAAAAGUUAAUAAACUACUUGUAGAAAACUUUCUGACUGGAUUAACUUGCCCAUUUGACUGUGGCCAAUACCAAAGUCAAUUGCUGCAUUCUUAAAACUACAAUUUCAAAAAGUUUGCAGCAGUUUGUGUGAAUACUAUAAUUCAAAAAGCUACCUGAACCUGGUCAGACUCAACUGUUUAUAACCCUUUCUUCAAAAGAUCUGAGCUAUCCCCAUUAGUUUUACAAAAAGUCAGAAGUUGUGGUUUUUCACAUGUGAUAAUCAUUAUUUCUCUCUUGUCCUUGUAUCACUUAGGGGAGUUAAAGGGUGGUUCUAGGUUUUAAAAAAAGGAAUUUUAAAGAUUUUUCUAUCAGAUUGUUGUCAAAGAAACAAAAUAUCCAACUCAAAAUUUUUUUGUUCUUUAGCUUUUUUAUUUAAAAGCAAACAUACAGUACAUAGUUUAUGGUGAAUAUACUAAACACUGUUGUGUUCAAAAUACUACUUAUUACCAUUUACUUUGCUGCUAACACAUUUAAGUGAGUGACAAUAAUAAUGGGACAUUGUAGCUAUGCUUUAUUGUCUGCGUUUGUGUGAGAUUUUUGGAGGGUUUUCUACAAAUGUAGAGGAUGAAAAUGGGCCUGUAGUGAUAUAUUCUCAGACACUUGAAAUGUCUGAAACAUGAAUAGGUGCAGUUCAGACAGCUGGAGGACACCAAUAGAGGUAUUUCAUCUUAACAGGUUCUGUCUGUAGCACUAAUAUAAAAGAACAACGCAGUAACCUUGAUUUUUCAGAGGAAAGUUAAAAUGUCAAAUGACCUGAAGGAAAAUGAAAGUAAAGUGUUUUUAUUAUACACCUCAGAUUAUGUGAAUUUAUACAUCAUAUCGAGGCGGACUUGCUGCUUCAUGUUAGUGAGGUUUAGGAUAAUAGUCUCAGUAUGAUUGUUACAAAUAUCUGUAAAUCGUUCUUUAUUAACAGAUAAUACAGAUGAAGAAAGUGAUUUUUAACAUCUUGUGAUUUAAUCUUAAAGGACAUAAAGGAAAGUUGACGCUCUUAGGUUUUAUAUAAAAAGGGCUCAAGGAAUGAGAGUAGCUGUGUAGAGAGAAAAACAUAUGUAACUGGGUCUUAAUGAAGUCUCUGCCCAUUCUCUAUAAAUGGACAUGAUCAAGUUGAAUAGGACUUCUGAUUCAUUACAUAUAGUUAAAUAUUCCACAGCCUGUAGAUAUAAUGGCUAAAGGGAAGUUUGUUCUGAACAAAAUAGUGGUGAAGCUCAAGGUACUGAUGAAUGUUGGUGUCUUUUAAUUCACACAGUUUGAUAAAAAACCAAAGUAAUGUAACAGCAAUGUAUCUUAAGGAUUAUGAGUGUUAAUGGAAACAAGAGAAAAACAAUUAAAUAAUUGUGGUAAUUUCAGCUUUUUUAAACUAUUUUUAAAAUAUAAUUUCUCCUGAAAGCUUAUUUUCAUAAUAUAAUGGCUACAAAAAAAUCCUGCACUGUUAUAGUUUUGUUGAGGUGUACAGUAUGUGAUAUGAGUUUUCUGGACACUGUUAGAUUAAACAUGUGUGAACAUUUUUGUUUUGCUGCAAAUGCUGGGUAGAAGUUUAUACUGACUAAGAAAAGAUUUUUUUUUUUUUGGAGAAAUAAAAAAUUGGAUUUGAAAGCUC